UCUUUACGCCCACAACAAAGAUGGCCGACACAAGGGGCUUUCGGAGAGAAGGCGAAACCGGCAGGGCUGGUGCUGCCCACCACAAAUGUGGCCGCCGUCUGGGCCGGGGGUGGAGGUCGAGCGCCCUGAUUGGUGGGACGGGAAGGGGACAGCUCUGUGAUUGGCUGGAUCCAGCCCCUCCCUCUAUUUAUGGGGCCGGCUUGCGCCUGCUGGAAGCACUUCCUGGAGAGAGGCAGGGAGGCAGGGUCUGGUGGCAGGGGGCACAGAGGGAAGGAGGAAGGGCCAGGGCCAGGGCCAGGGCCAGCACCUGCUGCCGGGGGCAGGGGGAUGGUGGCAGGUGGCAGCCUUGCGGUGGGGCCCAUUUCCCAGCCCCCUUGCCCUGUAGUGCGGGGCCAGGCUGCUUCCUGCCUGCGUCCCUAGCUGGGGGGGGGGUCCGAGCAGGGUCUGGAUCGGUUGCAACCCCCCCAUUUCCCCAGGCCCAAUUUCUGGGCGGGAGUGGAAAGAAACUUUCAAAGUGUCUGAAAAUCCCAGCGACUCCUGGCUUCCUCCUGCCUAGCCGGGGCCCCCCCACCCCCAGGUGCACGCAGACAUUGGGGAGGGGGGAGAGGGCUGGACCCAACUCAGCUCCCCCCUCCCCGGUUGGCCCCUGGGGAGGGGAAAGGCUAAAGCCGGCUUCUGGAUCCCUGCGGGCCCUUCCCCCUGCUGAGCCGCUUAGUCAGGCUGGCUCUCAUUCCUUGGCUGCUUGAGAUUCCCCAAGAUUCCUGCCCCGGGGCGCUCCCCUUGUAGAUGGGGCGUCACAGGGUGUGAAGAUCCCGCCGCAGUCCAGGCAAGCCAGAGGCAGCAGAGCAGACUGGGGUUUGGGUCUGGAAAUUUCUCCUAGUGGGUUAGUUGUUCCCUGGCCCGGUGCCAGUCCACCCCACCCAGGAGCAGGCCAUGUCCUAGUGGCUGUUUGGUCUGGGUUUGGGCGGGGCAAGGUGGGGUGGGGACCUAGGGGAGAGUUGAUGGUGCUGGAAGGACCCACCUGAGGUGCAGCUUAGGCCGGGUGGGCCACGGCACCGCCGGGAAGAUGAACCUCUCCCUGGGCCCGUACGGCAAGGGCGCGGAGACACUGCUGCACGGGGAGUUUGGAGCUUACCCCUCCAAGGGCUCCCGCUACGCCCUCAGCCUGACCCAGAUGGCGCUGCAUAUCCAGCGGCUGGUGCCCAAGCCGGAGACAGACCAGCGCACCGUGGUGCCCUUGGCCGAGGUGGUGGGCUGCCACACGCUGCGCAGUCGGGCGCCGACCGACCAGGCGGCGUACUUCUCGGUCUACGCCUACCCGCUGAAGAAGAGGAAGGUGGCCGUGGGGUUGGGGCGUGGGCGGCAGAGGGCGGCACGGACCUUCCAAGUGGACGGGGCUGACGACUACGAGAAGAACCAAGCGGUGGCGGAGAAAUGGGCGGCUGCUAUCAAGUGCCUGGUGGUGGGCAUCCCUGUCUCCAGCGAAACAGAUAUCGCUCCCAGCCUACUGCCGCGCCCGCGCCGGCUGCUCCUGCUGCUGAACCCAUUUGGGGGCAGGGGCCUGGCCCUCCAGUGGUGCCAGACCCACGUGCUGCCCAUGAUCACAGAAGCAGAUAUCAGCUUCAACUUGAUCCAGACAGAGAGGCCUAACCACGCCCGGGAGCUGGUGAAGGGCAUCAACCUGGCAGAAUGGGAUGGGAUCGUCGCCAUCUCGGGGGAUGGGCUCCUAUAUGAGGUUCUCAACGGGCUGAUGGAGCGCCACGACUGGGAGGAGGCAAUCAAGAUGCCGGUUGGGAUUUUACCGAGUGGUUCAGGGAACGCCUUAGCCGGAGCCAUCAACUGUAACGCCGGGCUGGAGCAGGUGCUGGGCCUGGAGCUGCUGCUGAACUGCGCCCUGCUGCUGUGCCAUGCGGCUGUGGCCCCGCUGGAUCUGGUGGCCAUCACUACGGCCUCAGGCGCCCGCUGCUUCUCCUGCCUCAGCGUGGCCUGGGGCUUCGUCUCGGAUGUGGACAUCGAGAGUGAGAAGUACCGGCACAUGGGCUCCGCCCGCUUCACGCUGGGCACCCUGGUGCGCCUGGCCUCCAUGCACACCUACCGCGGGCGCCUCUCCUACCUGCCCGCCACCGAUGCCACCGCCCACCGGCCCAUCUCCCGCAGCAUCACUGUGGCCCCCAACGGCCGCCUGCCCCUGCAGCGCCUGCCCCUGCAUCGCGCCCUGUCUGACAUGGGGCUGUGUGAGGAGCGCCAUGCCUUCCGGGAGGCCGAGCCAUCCCCCGUGCCCUGCCCCUCGCCCGGCUCCCCGCCCCCAUCCUCUGCCUCUGUCCUGCCCCCGCCCAGCUUCUCCUUCGAGCCCGGGCCGGGGGAGCUGCUGGCUGGCAGGGCAGGCGAGGCCCAGGUGGGCGGCCCCCUGGAUGAGCUGCUGGUGCCGCUGGGGCAGCCGGUGCCUAGCUCCUGGAUGACAGUGGAGGAUGACUUUGUGCUGGUGCUGGCAAUCUACCAGAGCCACCUGGGGGCUGACCUCUUCACCGCCCCCUUCGCCCGCUUCGAUGAUGGGCUCAUCCACCUCUGCUUCAUCAAAGCUGGCAUCUCCCGCGCAGCCCUGAUCCGCCUCUUCCUGGCCAUGGAGAAGGGCAGCCACUUUGAGCAGGAGUGUCCUCACCUUGUCCACGUGCCCGUCCGGGCCUUCCGCCUGGAGCCCCUCACCCGCAAGGGCAUCCUGACCGUGGAUGGCGAGCGGGUGGAGUAUGGCCCCAUUCAGGGCCAGGUGCACCAGGGCCUCGCCAGACUCAUCACCGGCAUCAACCGCCUCAAGAUCGCCAGCGGCUAAUGCCUCCGGCUGGGCGUGGAAAGAGGGGCCCCAGCCCCCUCUCUGGCCGGCUUGUUUCAGGAGGUAGCAGGAAAUGGCUGGCUGGGGGUGUGCUGCCCUCCCUACUGGGGGCAGGGGCCGCAGCGGGGACCAAGCUGUGUUGCCCCUGCCCGGCUCCUGUCUAAAGCUGCCUAUUUAUUCCUUUGAUCCUGGCAUCACCCACUGAAUGAAUGUAAUGCAGGGGCAUGACCCUCCCCCCCCCCAUGGCAGGGGCGGGGGUGUUUCCCACCCUGUGGGGGUCCUUGGAGAGAAAGGAAUGGGGCUGGGGAUGGGAGGUGCUGAGCGUGGUCUUUUUUCACUCCCAUCCCACAGCCAGGGGGCGCUAGGGAGUCAGAAUCGGGGCGCAUUCCCACUGCCUGCCACUGGGGGGAGGCGGUGCCUGCAGGGGAGAGCCAGGGGCCUGGUGCUUCUAGCCACCAGGGGGGAGUGGGAUGGGCUGGCAGGCAUCUGAGCGUGUGCAGUGCCCCAUGUCUCCCUCUAGGGGCUGGAGGUGGGGCUGCAGGCAAGACACACCCAUUACAGCCAGGGCGGGGGGGUGGGGAGUGGCUUUGCAGACCAGUUGCUGCAAAACCAGGAUAGAACCCAGGAGUUCCGGCUCCCAGCCGCUCCCCCCCAGCUCUGACCACUAGACCCCACUCCCCUACCUGAGCACUAGUUAAAACUUUGGGAUGGAAGUGGGGGUCUACUGGGUUAUUGUGGGGGGGGGGGGAAGCCAAGACUCCUGGGUUCUUUCCCUGAUGCUGGGAGGGGAGUGAAGUCUAGGGGGUGAGGGCAGCGGUGGGCCAGGCCCAGACACAGCCUGGAGAUUUCUUUGCACUAAAACCUCUGUGUCCUGCGAGGGAGCCCAAUGUCUGUCUGUCCUGUGUCCCUCUAACAGCCCCUCUCCCCCCCCACAUAACUUUGAUGUGAGCAGGAAACUAGAAUGAGUUGAAAGUGAUCAGAUUCCUGAGCCCAUCUACCCUGGUAUCCCCCCUGCCCUGUCCCUCCUGGGCCAGCUCAGGCCCAUCUUCCCAAGUAUCUGACCCUUUGUUUAUCUGCCCCAUGCCCAUGGGGCCCAUCUACCCCAGUAUUUGACCUUUUCCCGAUCAGCUCUAUUAACUCAUUUACCCUGCUGUCCAGUGAUGCAGUGGUGUGUGUGUGUGUGUGGGGGAGGGGGGCCGCUCUGACUCCCCCCCCCGUGCCUUGCUAAGGGGGGGGGGCAGCUGGUGUCAGGCCCUCUGUUAAUCCCGUGUGUGCCACGGCUGCCCUCGCUGUUCCCACGUCUCGUCCCUGUGUUGAAGUGAUUUAGACCUAUGCAAUAAAGCAAGAGCAUGAGGCC